AUGUUGGGUCAAAUUUCAUCAGUUAAAAGUCAUUAAAUCGUCAACUUGUCACAGAGUUUCGUCAUAUGUUCCGUUUUCCGUACUCAUCCGUAGUCCGUAGCAUUUUUUAGUCGAGUUGAAGUUGAUUUGACGCGAGAUACUGCGUAAAUUUUUUGAAUAUUUUAUACAUGAGUGUACUUUUUAUUCAGUUUUGAACUAGUUGCAAUUCUGACAAUGGAAGGCCAAUCUCAACCAGGCAGAGGAAAAGGCAGAGGCAGAGGUCGUGCUAAACCUCCUCAGCAGCCGCAACCAGUUCCCUCAAACCCAUCAACACCAUCGACGUCGACCAGUUCGUCUUCAUUUUCGCAGCAACCACCUCCUGUGAGUAUCGGUAGAGGCAGAUCAAGAGCUGGAGAUCCACCAAUCUCAGUCUCAGCACCUACUCCGCCGACUCAACAAAUGGGAGGCCUGAGCGUGAGUGGAGGAAGCUCUGAAACUGCAGGAGACGGAGCAACUGGGGAUCGGCCUAUUGGUCGAUAUGGUAUUCGAGGUGGACGAUCGUUGUACGAUGAAGGCCUAUUAUUGAAUACCAGACCCAAAUGCGCUGAAAGUAGCAAGAAAGGUGUCUCUGGACAGAAAACGAAAUUCCAGGCAAAUUUUUUUCAAUUAAUGAAAACGCCUCAAUGGAACUUGAACAAAUACCACGUGGACUUUAACCCUGUCGAAGAUAGGACGUCAAUGAGGAAAAUUCUCAUGCGCGAGCAUAGAGAAAGUCUUGGCAUGUAUCUAUUUGAUGGUUCUACUAUAUUUUCAUCACACAAUUUAUGCCCUAAUAAUAAACCAGUGGAAUAUUUUUCGAAACGUUUGCGCGAUGACGAGACAAUCCGCAUAACUAUAAAGUUUGUUGGUACGGUCGAAGUUUCAGAUUAUCAGAAUACGCAAGUGAUGAAUAUAAUUUUACGGGAAUGUUUAAAUAAAUUGAAAUUGCAGCAAAUUAAACGUAAUUAUUUCGAUAAAGAAGCUCGCGUCACUAUCCAUGAACAUAAUUUGGAAUUAUGGCCAGGGUACAUUACAGCGAUGGGCCAGUACGAAUAUGAUAUCUUAUUGCAAGCUGAAAUUAUAUAUAAAACUUUAAGAAAAGAUACAGCGUAUGAAGUUUUCCGCGAGUUGACGAGAAGUUCUGGAAAUAGAGGUUAUAAAGAAGCGUUCGCCUCGACUAUCAUCGGUACUACCGUAAUGACGAUGUACAACAACAAAACCUACCGUAUCGAUGAUGUCAAUUUUAACGAAACUCCGGAGAACACAUUCAAGCAGAAGACCAGGGACGGGGAAAGAGAUAUUUCAUAUCGAGAUUAUUAUCAACAGAAAUAUCAAGUUAGGAUAAAUGAUCCUAAUCAGCCGAUGUUGAUCUCAAAAACGAACCGGCGUGAAAGAGCAGCUGGUAUGCCGGAGUUGGUGUAUUUGGUACCGGAGUUAUGUAUGAUGACCGGACUUAACGAUAACAUGAGGAACAACUUUACAUUAAUGAGGGCCGUGGCGGAACAUACAUCUGUGGCCCCUAGCGACCGUAUGCGACGCUUGGAGGCUUUUAGGAAUCGUCUGGUGGAACAUCCAGAAGUGAGAGCUAAACUUGACAACUGGGGCUUGAACCUUGCGCCGAAUUUGGUAUCGUUCGAUGGACGUAUCUUACCCAAUGAAAAGAUCACGGUUGGAAACAAUAGAAGUUUCCCUAGUGGUGAUGAUGCGGAGUUUUCCCGCGAGUUGAGAAAUGCUCCUUUGUUAGUGCCGGCAAAGUUGAGCCGAUGGAUUGUUAUGUUUCCAUCUAGACAUGCUCAAGAUGCGCAAGAAUUAUCCCGCAUGAUCAUGGCUUGUGGCCGGGGAAUGUCGUUUCACGUGCCGGAUCCUAAACCGUUUCCUAUUCCGAACGAUAGUGGAACGGCUUACGUCCAGGGUAUCGAAGAUUGCGUUAAUACCUACAAUCCGGAAUUAAUCGUAUUUGUUGUGCCUAAUAAUCGCUCCGAUCGAUACAACGCUAUUAAAAAGAAAACUAUCGUCGAUAAAUCUCUGCCGUCACAAGUUGUUUUGCUGAAGAACAUAAAAGCAAAAGGUGCGAUGUCAAUUGCUACUAAAAUAACAAUUCAAAUAAAUUGUAAAUUAGGGGGAGCUCCUUGGGGUGUUGACAAUCCAAUGAAGAAAGGAAUGGUUGUCGGAUUUGACGUAUGUCAUGAUCCUCGCGACAGACGUCGAAGUUACGGUGCUUUGGUAGCUUCUCUCGAUCCUCUAUUGGGGUGGUAUUACUCGGCGAUCAAUUGUCAUGCUAGUGGAGAUGAACUAUAUUCAAGCAUCGCGAUCAAUAUGACAAAAGCAGUUAACAGAUACAUGAAAGUUAACGAAGGACGGUUACCGAGUCCAAUCAUUAUGUAUCGUGAUGGUGUUGGUGACGGAGAUUUGAAAUACGUUUUUGAAGUUGAAGUGGUUGCCAUUCAAGAAGCAUUGGAGAAACUCUACAAAGCGAAGAACACUCCGUUGGCAAUAGCGGUGAUCAUUGUUACGAAAAGGAUCAACACUAGGAUCUUUCAUAACAGAAAGAAUCCGCCUCCUGGUAGCGUCGUUGAUGACGUUAUUACUAUUCCGCAAAGAUUCGACUUUUUCAUCGUGUCUCAAUCAGUACGUCAGGGUACGGUGUCCCCGACUCAUUAUAAUGUUAUCCAUAACACAACGGCAUGGCCGGUGGAUUACUUCCAAAGAAUGACGUACAAGCUGACCCAUAUGUACUUUAACUGGAGUGGAACUGUACGUGUUCCAGCGCCGUGCCAAUAUGCACACAAAUUGGCCUUCCUCACUUCCCAAAGUAUUGGAUGUGCCCAUUCAAAUUUGGAUCAAUUACUCUACUUCUUGUAGAAUGUAGAAUGCAAUAAUGCAUUUCUUUUUCUUGCGUGUUUUGAUGUUCUAGCUACUUGGGUUUUUUGGUUUUUUCUACUUAGCUUUUUUAUAUUGAAAUUAUUGUUGUAUUUUUAUAUGACAUCCCUUUUUACAUUUAUACGUAUUCUGUUUCCUGUUUCGAUUAAUUAUGUUUUUUUAUUUUUGACUGCCAAAUACUUUUUAAAAUGACAUUUACUUUAUAGUUUAGCAACUAUUCUCAACGUGAUUUCUGGAACUGAAUUUGUGAUUUUAUUUAGGGGUCGUAUUUCUAUUAUUGAAAAUUAUCUUAAAGGAAAAACAUGACGAAUUUGUAUCAAAUACGUAUUUAAUUACUCGAUCAAAAAUUUAUUUAUAAAACUUAAGACACGAUUUGAAUAAAAAUUAUUUUUGAUUUUUCAA